CUUUUCAGUCCCUGCGCUGCUCUGAGAACGCUUCGCAGCCAUACGAAAAACUUGGAAAACCGCUACCACCGAGCACCCCGACUCCCCUUACUAUACAAAAGAAUGGUGCAGCACGGUCCCGUCACCCUGAACAUACCACCAUACACAUAUAGACGUUAACCAUGUUCGCUUCCAGAUUGUCUGUCCGUUCCAUGGCCACUGUUGCCAAGGGUGUCAAGCCACCAAAGCAAUUAUUCGGCAUUGACGGUACCUACGCUACCGCCUUGUUCACCGCCGCCUCCAAGUCGACCUCUAUCGAGGCUGCUAACAAGUCCUUGGGCGAUUUGGAAGCUUUGGUCAAGGCCGACCCUAAGUUGGGCGAGUUCUUUGCCAACCCAGCCUUGUCCUUGGGCGACAGAAAGUUGGUUGUCUCAACGUUGAAGGAGAAGAUCCCAUCUUUGGACGCCUCCGUCACCAACUUCUUGACCGUUUUGGCCGAAAACAACAGAUUUGCCGAAUUGGGAGCCAUCACCAAGCAAUUCUCCAUCUUGAACGAAGCCUUCAACGGGGUUGUUGAGGCCACCGUCACCUCCGCCGUCGCCUUGGACAACAAGACCUUGUCCAAGAUCCAGACCGCCAUCUCUAAGUCCAAGUACGUUGCUGCUGGCCAGACCUUGAAGAUCACGAACCAGGUUAACCCAGAAAUUUUGGGUGGUUUGGUUGUUGAAGUUGCCGACAGAACCGCCGACUUGUCUAUCUCCUCUAAGGUUUCCAGAUUGAACAAGGCCUUGCAGGAAGCUAUCUAAGCGCCCCUCCCCAAUACAUAUCACGUACGCAUUGUAUCGUCCCCAAUAAAAUAUUUUGACUAGAUGUAAAGAUAAACUGUUAGGGUGAGCCAUCGGCAAGCCACUGUGCCUUUCCUAAACUGAGGCAUCAAGACGGAAUAAGCCGUAAUCUGUUCUAUAUGGUUUACUCCUGUUUUUUUUUUUCGACCCGUGCCCUAAUUUUUAUACUAAUAUUUAAUCAAUGUC